GCGAAUAUUUGACGGAGUAACUCAUUGUGUUCCAAACAAACUAGUGCUCUUGGUGCUCAUAUUGGUGACAAUCAAGCCUGAAAUUGUGCCAGAGAAAAUGUAACUUUGUCAAGAACGGUCUCAGGAUCAAAAGCGCUAUUCGAGAGUCGUCCAUUCGAAAUCGGAAUCAUGAGUGAAUUACAGAUGUUCAGCUGUGGCAAUAAACGGAAGCUGCAGCUGAUGUCGUUCUCUUCGUUGAUCGACGCCUUGAGAGCAGGCGGAGCACUGACCCAAGAGAAGAAAGCUCUGCUGCAGUUAACGGUCAACUCGUUGACGAUAUCCUCUGAGCGAUACAAAGCGGAAAUCCGUCGCGCCGUAGCCAAGGCGAGGAGCUACAGCGACAUCGACGACACGCCAUGGGCCAUGGAAGGCCGACGAGAUACGUUCCUGUUGCCACGGAACCCUUCGCGAUCGACUUGGGCUGCCCCGUACGCGGCCUACACACCGAAAAUGGUUCCAGCGCUCGUGAAGUUGCCCAAAGCUCCAUGCAAGUCGGUCGAAACUCAAACCGUCACUCCGCCGAAGCCCAUCGUCAAUCCCAAAUUAGUCGUCGUGAGCUCCCCUCGCACCCAAACUACGCCUACGGUUGUCUACGCCAAUCCCAGCGGACAACGUCAAGUGCGGAUAAAUUCGCAGACGAUCGGUAAGACCAUUCCAGUGGUCGUGAAUUCGAAGGGUCAGGCGAAACUUGUUAGUAUGCCAACUGUCGUAAAGCCGACUGUCGCCUCGAUGACUCCGGUCAAUGCUCAAAAGACAUCGCAGCAUCUUGUUGUCAGCAGCUCGGCGAAUCAGCACAGCAAACAAAUUGUUAUCACGACACCCAAUAAUAUUGUACAUAAAAUCAGCGCUCACGGAGCGACCCAGACCCUUCAGGUUCGACCGUCGACUGGAACGGCCGUCGUGACGAAAUUGCUCAACACAAACCGAACGGGGGAGCUAAAGGUUAUUCAAAGACCUCGUGUAGCUCAAAUACGGGCCCUAGGCGCACCAGUGGCGACCUUAACGCCCGUCGGCGUGCGGCUCACCCAAUCGAAUGGUCGAUCACCGCAGUCGUCGUCCAGCACCAGUUCGGACUCGGCUGGACCACCCCCCACUAAAAUAAUGAAAGCCGCAAGUCAGUGGAACUACGAUGACCACUCGGUGAUGGCCAAACCUCCAGGUGUAGCUCCGUCUUCGACAUCGGUAGAAGCGAUGGGAAUCAGUGUCGGUGGGGGCGAUGAGUCUACGGAACGGAAAUCAUCAGCGAGCAACUGUGUUCCCGUGAGCAGCGCAGCGUCCUCAGCAAACCCUCAAACGAAGACGGUUCAAAUAGUUCAAAUGUCCACGAGUGCUCAAAAUUCUCACGGGACGACGACGGUCGCCGUGGCAGCGUCCUCAUCUCCUCGACACGCAACCAGGCCUGUCAGGAUGGUCACGCCGACCCCGAUAAUGCAGAGAGCGAGAGAUUCUUCGAGAGCCGCCAGUGUCGCGUCAAACGUUGUAGUUCAGAGUUUACCCUAUCAAAAUUAUCAAGGUUCCAUCUAUAAAAUGGUUCCCGAGGACGUCAUUCUGGAAGAGGAGGUCGUAUGACAGCGACGCACGCUUUCUAGGCCAUCGCAGUAACUAUAUACAUUGUGUGCCAGACGCGAUUGUAGAUCUGUAAAUGCAAAUGUGGGGCUCUCGGGGUGGAUAGUAUCAUCACAAAUCCUCGAUCAAUUUCUCCUAGGUAGCCCUAGCUUCGUCGGCUGAAUGUAGCGUGAUGUACAGUGUUCUCUUCGUUCCCCGUCGAUCGUUGGCGCUGAAGGAGUCGUGGGCCUCAGGAACUUCGGAACUAAGGGAGACAGCAUCGGAAUCGGAUCGGAAUAAUCACAUUCACAUAUUAUACAUGGGAAUCUCUCUAUGUCUUCUAAAUAAUUAUACUUGAUUGGAUCCGAACGCCACUGACGCGACAGACGACGAACUUCAACGGAUAUGCUCCUCAAGGCCGCUCCGGCUCCUUGCGGCCGUUCUGUAAUCAGCACAUGUUCCUGAGCACAUGAGUUCGUUCCUGUAAAUGUAAAGUACAGUUGGUUGAAAGCAUCAAGAAUCGUACGAUUGUCGUUGACUCGAGGUGAUCGGUAUGGGUAGAUCCUCGGAAGUCUGAGAGCGUUUUUUUUUAAGAUUACGUAGUGUUGUUAUGUGAGUCUUGCGUGUAUCCGGACAAGAAUCACUUCGCGUCUUUCGAAUACACAACUUUGAAAUACUCGUGACUCUUCACCAACGCCGCCGUUAAUUCCCUCCACUUUCAUCUGGUAGAUUUCCUGAGUUUGACGGACCUUCCUACGACUAGCCGACAGUUCUU